AUGACUACCAUGCGGGUGCUGCUCUGCCGGUGGUCGAUAUUCGUAAGCGUCUGCUUCGUUCUCUUCCUUCACGGCAGCGCUUCAGUCUACGGACAACGACCAUACUUCAAGUUAUCCAGCUGGUAUGACUGGGGAAAACACGGCUUCAGUCCGUUUUCGCUUUGCCAGACUUGCCACCAAGAAGCAAGCAGGCCAAACGUUGUUCAGAAACAUGACCAAUGUAGCGAAAACUUGCUUUUCGUCGAGUCUCGUCGCAGAUCGGAUGCCUGUGGCCUGAUGGUUUUCGACAAUGAUGGCCAUCUUGUUUGGAUGCCAUCACAGUCAGAGUUUCAUAAUUCUAGGGAUUUCCAAGUACACAACGUGAAUCAACAGAACUUCAUUACCUUUCUGAGCGGCAACGGGGUAGCUGGUAGUGUAGAUGCAUAUACGAUGCUGGAUAGCUCUUAUACAAUCCACAAAUCGUUCAGGGCUGUCGGCAUCGUCGCUGGUCAUCUAUCCGGACUGCACUUUACCAAGGCUGGGACUGCACUAGUUACAGUCAGCCAAGUGCCAAUAGAUGGCCAAGGCCAUGGAAAAGGAGACAAGUUUGAUACUAUAUUUCAGGAGAUUAGCUUGGAGUAUAACCAACUCUUGUUUGAAUGGCGCGCCUCACAACACUACAUGGCCAGUCUCACAGCAAAGGCAAACUCGUUUCCUAUCCAAAGCGUUGACAAGGAUGUCGAAGGAAACUAUGUAAUAUCUACUCGCAACACCAUCAUCUGCUUGAGUGGAAAAAACGGCCGACCAAUCUGGAAACUUGGCGGUAACGCAUAUGAGUUCCAAGAUCUAUCCGGAGUGGCAACUUUAUUCUCAGACAGCCACCGCGCAAGUUGGCAUGAUAACACGACAUUAUUGAUCACAAACAAUCAUCCUACGAAUACAAACCACAAGGCUCUACCUGCCGCAAUGCUGGUUCAGCUCGACGUGCAGAACAAGACUGCCACUCUCAUUAAAGCCUUUGAUGCUCCCAAAAGGCUACCUUCUUCCCUUGACACAUUUCAAUUCUUAGACGGCACCAUCCUAGCUACCGGGGAGCAUCAAUCCACAGCAAUUGAGUUCUCCAAUAGCGCAGAAACUCUCUGCGAAACACACUUUCCCACCGCCAGAUUCCAGCCAAGCUGGAUGGCAAACUAUCGAAUCUCAAAGCACCAAUGGUCAGGGCAUCCGAAUACAACCCCAGAACUUGAAGUCCGCCCAGAAGAGAAAGCCGUCUAUGUAAGCUGGAACGGAGCCACCGAAGCCGACGCCUGGGUCCUGCAAAGCGGCCCAAGACAGGACGGCGAUCUAUUCAUCGACCACUUGAUGGUGGUUAAAGAGGGCUAUGAGACAAGGAUCCAGCUGCCUCGACAUACCGAGGAAUACCUGCGCGUUGUUGCCCUGGAUAGAAAGCGGAAGUUUCUGUCCAAGUCUGCGGCAGUUUCGAAGCACGUUAAACAUAAAGGAUGUCCCCAUUCAAGUAGGGCAUCUCUGAUGGGCAUGAGAAACUCGGGACAGGGGCACAACAUGUUGAUAGCCUUUGCUCUUUUGGCGAGCAUCGUGCUGUACUUUCGCAGAUUUGCGUUUUGGCGGAUAUUUGACGUUAGGAAGACAUAG